AGCCAUUUUUGAACUGCGGAGUUAGCAGUUGUGGGGGGAAUAGUUAUAUGGCUAUUAAAUGGCUAUUGUGGGCCCUUUCAAUAUGAAAGCUUUUGAUAUAAAAGGCCUUGUAACCACUUCAUUAUUUCAAUCAUCAGUUAGUGAUAUUUAAAAAUGGCAAAAGGAAAGGUUUUAUUGGUUUUAUACAAAGGUGGACACCACGCAGAAGAGCAGAAACGGUUAUUGGGAUGUGCUGAAAACGAAUUGGGCAUCCGUAAGUUUGUUGAAGACCACGGCUACGAAUUGGUCACCACCACCGAUAAGGAUGGUCCAAACUCGGUGGUAGAAAAGGAGAUUGAGACAGCUGAAAUCGUCAUUACCACUCCAUUCUUCCCAGCUUACGUUUCAAAGGAAAGAAUCCAAAAGGCCAAAAACUUGAAAAUUUGUAUCACCGCUGGGGUGGGAUCUGAUCACAUUGAUUUGAAUGCCGCCAACCAAAAGAAGUUGACAGUGGCUGAAGUCACCGGUUCCAAUGUGGUUUCGGUGGCCGAGCAUGCAGUUAUGCUUAUUUUGAACUUGGUGAGAAACUUUGUUCCUUCUCACGACAUCGCUUUGAAGGGUACCUGGGAUAUUGCUGGGGCUGCUAAAGAUGAAUAUGACUUGGAAGAUAAAGUUAUCGGAACUGUUGGUGCCGGUAGAAUUGGUUACAGAAUUUUGGAAAGGUUGGUGGCUUUCAACCCCAAGAAAUUGUACUAUUUCGACUAUCAAGAAUUACCAGCGGCUGCCGUCAAGAAGAUUAACGAUGCUUCUCAACUCUUCAACGGUAGGGAUGCUAUUCUUGAACGCGUCGAGAAAUUAGAGGAUUUGGUUGGUAGAUGUGAUGUUGUAACCAUCAAUUGCCCAUUGCACGAAAAAACCUUUGGUUUGUUUGAUAAAAAGUUGAUUGGAAAGAUGAAGGACGGAGCCUGGUUGGUCAACACUGCCAGAGGAGCCAUCUGUAAUGCUCAGGAUGUUUCUGACGCUCUUGCUUCAGGUAAGUUGUUAGGUUACGGUGGUGAUGUCUGGUAUCCUCAACCUCCACCAAAAGACCAUCCUUGGUUGACCAUGAAGAAUGCUCACAAUGGAGGAAACGCCAUGACUCCCCACAUCAGUGGAACAUCUAUUGAUGCUCAAGAGAGGUACUCUGCUGGAGUCAAGUCGAUUUUGGAGAGUUAUUUCUCUAAGAAGUACGACUACAGGCCUCAGGACUUGAUUGUGUACAACGGAGACUAUGCCACCAAAGCUUACGGUGAGAGAAAGUGAGACUCAUCCAGUUGUUGUUUAUACUGUGUAGCUAUUCUCAAUAUAUGGUUUUAGUU